UACGUGCGCGACGGGCGCCUCAACGGCCUGGAGCUGCGCGGCAGCGAUCUGCGCAAGUUCAAGCUGCACUCCAGCCGCCUGAGGCGGGAGCAGGCGCAGUUUAUCGGUCGGGUGCGGGCGGCGGACGAGCUGUUCCGACACCCGGUGGACGAGUACGACCUGGUGCGGGGCGUGCCGGAGCCGAUUCUGAGAAAGAUGGCGCAGGACCCGUCGGACCCGAGCCGCGGCCCGUGGCAGGUGACGUUCGAGCCGGACGUGUACGCCGCCUUCCUGCGCCACUGUCCCAGCGCCGCCCAGAGGCUCAACGUGUGGCUGGCACACGAGAUGCGCUGCUCCAACUUCAACCGCGACCUCAGCAACAGCACCUGCUCCGAGGAGAUCCGCUGGGCCAAGGACGACAUCGCCAAGCUGCUGGGCUACAAGUCUCACAUGCACAAGAGCAUGGAGGUGAAGAUGGCCGGCAAGGUCAGCGUUGUCCAGAGCAUGAUCGCCAGUCUGCUGGCGGCCGCCCGGCCGCUGCAGGAGCAGGAGAUGCGCGAGCUGAACGAGUUCGCCAGCUCCAGCGGCGAGCCGCAGCAGCUGGAGGCCUGCGACGUGCCGUACUGGCGGCGUCGGCAUAAGCUCAGCACGUGCAGUGUGGACGAGUCCGUCACGCGCGACUACUUCAGCUUCCCGAACGUGCUGCAGUUCUUGAUGGAGCUGUCUGCAGACCUGUUUGGUGUCGAGUUUCGUCUGGAGACAUCCAGCGACGUGGAGACGUGGCACCCAGACGUACUUCACUACUCGGUCUGGGAGCAGGGCCGACAGGUGGCGCAGCUCAUGAUCGACCCUUACCAGAGGCAGGGCAAGUCGUUCCCGGCCGGCUCCGGAUGGACGUUCACCGGUCGGCACCGCAGCGCCAUCUGCAACACACAACCCAUCUCGUACUUGAACUUCAACUUCACGCCGUCGGAUGACGCGACGCCCGGUGGGCUCACCUUUGACGAGGUCCAAACGCUCUUUGAGAAGUUCGGCCGCAGCAUGAUGACGCUGCUCUGCACUGUGGAGCACGCCGACGUCAGCGCCCCCAACAACAUGGAGUGGGACGCCGUCGACGUGGUGCCCUACGUUUUCCGAUACUGGCUGCGGGACCCGGCCAACGUGCAGCGGGUCUCGCGCCAUCACGGCGACGGCGGCCGGCUGCCGGAGCAGACGUGCCGCGAGCUGAUCGCCGCCGACGGCCACAUGAUCGGGCACGACCUCUGCCGCGAGCUGUACCAGGCGCAGCUCGACCUCAAGCUGCACCUCGGGAAGGAGGGCUUCUGGCUGCAUUUGCAACAAGAGCUGUACAGCCAAUUCCUGCCUUUCAAGCUACACCCCAAAGAUGCCCACACGAUGAGCUUCACACAGUCGCUGGCCCAGGAGUGGGGCGCCGGCGUGUACGCCAGCCUCUGGGCGCGCAUGAUCGCCGCCGACGCCGCGGCCGCCUUCCACGAGACCGGCGGCGAGCCCGAUCAGCUGCGCUCCGUCGGCAAGAGGUUCCGGGACACGUACCUGGCGUCGGGCGGCGCCGUGCACCCGUCGGAGGUGUUCCGGCGGUUCCGCGGCCGCGACCCCACCUGCGACGCCCUGAUCCGGCUGCUCGGCCUGCACCGGAUCGGCCGGCCGCAGCAGCAGCAGCCGCAGCAGCCGCGGAGGGCGCUGUGUCGUCUGGCCGUCAGGGCUGUCCGGCUGCCCUGCCGCGUGAAGCUGUGA